AUGCCACGUGUCCACGGAAUCAUAGACGGGCCAGGGGUAGUAUCUCAAGGGCGUCCGCAGCGGCUUUGUAGGGGGGUGUCGUUUCACCCCUUAACCGACGCCACCCCACACAGGAGAUCCGACGGCCUCGUCUCGCGCGGCCCCAUUCCUGCCCCUGUUCCCGCCUCCCUUCUUGAGCCCGUACGAGAUCAUCAACCCCCCCCCCUCUCGUCAAAACCCACCUCCUCCACCCCGCCACCCCGUCCCCAUCUCCCUCCAUCGCCAUGCUCGCCUUCUCCGGCCUCGCGCCGCUCGCCCGCCCGGCCCUGCGCAGCGCCUUCGCGACGGGAGCGUCCGUCACGUCGACGCGCCGCGUCUCGCCGCGCCCCGCCCCGCUCAUGUCGCUCGACCCGUCCACGCUGCACCACGUCACCUCGCACCUGCUCUCCCCCGACGCCGUCCGCUCCUUCUCCCUGCUCCUCUCCGACGCCGCCGUCGCCACGGGCGGCGCGGCCCAGGCCGUCACCGAGACGGCCGUCGAGGCGAAGAAGUCCGGCUGGUGGGACUCGUUCGUCGGCGUCGUGGAAGGCCUCAUCGUGUCGUUGCACGGCGUCCUCAGUAAGGCCGGCGUGCCGGGCGCGUACGGCUUGUCUAUUAUUAUGUUCACCGUCGUUAUCAAGGCCGUCACGUUUCCCCUCAAUUUUAAGCAGAUGGAAUCUACGAUGA